AUGGAGCUCGAGAUCAAGCAGGCCACGCGACUUCUCCAGGCGCAACGUGCCGCCGACCGCGACGAGCAGCCGCUCACCUGGCUUCGGAACAGGUUCUCUUCGCAGGCCGGCGCCGAGUUCACGGCACGAGAGGUGAAUAAGGUUCUUGCCGAGGUCGUUGAGGCGGAUGGCUCGGUCGGCGUUGUCAAGGGCCUGCUUGCUCUCGGGGCGGACGUCAACUUUGUGCGGCGCAGACAUUCCACCACGUGGAGCAAGAUCACCCAGCGGAGCGACCCGGGCGAGAGGAACAAUGUCCUCCUUCGCGCUACAAUUCGAUGCCGUCCCGAGACCGUCCACGUCCUUGCUGCGCAUGCCGACCAAGUCAACCUCGAUAGCGUCCUCCACCACGCAAUAGCCAGGGGCAACCUCGCCGUCUUGGCGGCUCUGCUUGAGCACGGCGCAAGCCCGGUUCACCUGCACGACGACUUCCAAGAGGUGGUCUAUCGCAACCAGGUCGACCUCCUCAGGGUCUUGCUCUCCGGCCACCACUUACCCUGCCUAGCUUGUCGCUCAACAGGCCUCCGCAUUGCCGUUGAGAAUCAGUCCUUGGAGGUCAUACGACUGCUGCUUGACCACUGGGCCGAUGUCAACUACGGAGACGCCGUCGCCCUGACAAGAGCCGUGGAACUUUCUCGCCCGGAUCUCGUCGCGCUUCUCAUUUCUGGGACGGUGCAGCCCUCGGCUCGCUCACUCGAUGCUGCCAUCGGCAAGCUGCGGCAGAUGAUGGGAGAGAGAGCCGGCACCUCGGAUCACCAAAUUCUCGAGUUGCUCCUGUCAGCAGGCGCUACCGGCCCCGAAACGUCCCGUUUGGAAAUCGAAGGGCUUGUUGAGGCAGUGAAGCGGCGCCAGACUUUGCUCCUGAACAUCAUUUUGCGCUACAAAAGGCCGCCGGGUCAGUAUGAAGCCGCAGCCUUGGUUGAAGCGAUCCGAGCCGAGCAGUUGGAUAUCCUGGCCAAGCUGCUCGAGUUCAAACCCUCUUCAGCGAGCCUCACCAUUGCCGUCUCGCAAUCCGUCGGCCUUGGCAGCCCAAGCUUUCGCUAUGAAGCAACCAGGCUCCUGAUCGAGGCUGGGGCACAAGGUCCUUGUGCCGCCGACGCCUUGAUCAAGACCGUCCACUGCCUCGUUGCUGAUGCAAAACGAGGCGACAAGGUCAGCACCGAGCGGAACAUGCGACUCUUCUACCUGCUCCUUCACGAAGGGAACGCCGAUGUGAACGCCGCGAAGGGGGAGGCUUUGCAAAUAGCGGUCCGAUCAGCAUGUGUGGAGGUGGCGGAGGAGAUCGUGGCCAAAGAGCCCUCUCCUGAAUCGCUAGGUGCGGCGUUAGGUUGGGCCAUGGCUGUGCCUGACGGCCAUAAGAAGCAAGCGCUAGUCGAGCUGCUGGUUCGCCACCAGAUCAACGAGGAUGCUGCUGGCAAGGCUCUCGUGUCCGUCUUCAAGGGCGAGCCUGGAAACUCGGCUCUGGUCGAAUUGCUUCUCACCCGCGCUUCCGUGAACUACAACAACGGGGAAGUCUUCAUCUACGCCAUACGGAACUUCCGCCCUGAAACCUUCCAUUUACUCCUGAGCCAGGGGAUCGAGUACAAGCCUUUGUUCACAGCCGUCUUGGAAGCACUGAAGACUUCCAGACCAGAGCGAAUUACCCUGUUCGGAGAGCUUCUGAGUCGGCUGCAGCUCGAUCACCUCAACAUGGCGCUGAAGCAUGUCGUGUUGGAAGAGCAGACAGAUUUGGCCUUGGCGAAGAUGCUCCUUGAUUCAGGGGCGGAAGCUGCCCUUGAGGAUGGAUUGUGCGUCAAGCACGCGGCCUCCACCCUUGACCGUGAUCUGCUCCGCCUGCUUUCAGAAUACCUGGACCACGACGGGAACAUCUACGGGCAGGCUUUUGCCGCCAUCAUCAGCCGCGGCACCCAGUGGAUUGCCUUCGAGCAUGUUGACGUGGUAGAUAUCCUCCUCCAGCGAGGCGCAUCCGGACCCAUCGUCAGUAAAGCAUUGGUGGAAGUUGUGGACCACCUCGCCUGCCAGGAGCCCAAGGCUGGCUUGGCUGGGGUCAUGCUCCGCAGAUUGUUUGCCGCCAAUGCCGAUGUAAAUCACGAGAACGGGAAGGCGAUGAGCAUCGCUGCGAGCCGGGGAGACCCAUUUCUCCUGUCCCUGUUAUUGGCGAACGGUGCGACGUCUUCAUCAGCCACGCUUGCGCUCACAGCUGCGAUCAUGGCUCAUCACAGAGAGGCACUUCUCUUGCAACUCAUCUCCAUCUUCGCGGACAAGUCUUCCGUCACUCCCGAUUUCAAUCGGUCCAUUCCCGGCAUGCCACCCCCCAUUCUGCUUUGCCUGAAGAGUUAUGGCAGUUCGACCGCGAUUUUGGACGGUCUCGUCAAAGCUGGAUGCCAUCUGGAGGUGACCAUCCCAAUGCGACUGUACGCCGAGUCUGCACGAAACAGAGAAAACAGGGUCGUCAGUUCGGAGCUGGAGCCGGCGUCCGUGUUGAUGUGGGCCUUGGCUCAAGAGGAAGGACUCAUCAGUCCUGCAGUCAUCAAGGCGCUGAUUCAUCAUGGGGCCGAUAUCUCGUACACGACACCCAAGACACGAACUACGCCGCUACUUCUCGCUGUGAAGUUCGGCCUGAUUGACGUUGUGCAGAUGCUGAUCGACGCUGGGGCGAGAGUCUCUGCCAAGGAUGCGGCAGGACGUUCAGCGCUCUUCUACGCUUCGCGCGCCGGGAAUUCGGAAAUGGUGAAGCUGUUACUGAAGGCCAAACCCGUCGUGAACGAUGGGAGCCUUCACGAAGCAUCCCGGGGCUUCCAUUUGCAGGUGAUGAAGCGUCUUCUGGAAGCCGGCCACGAUCCAAAUUACAGGUCAAUCAAGCACGGGGGACGCACGGCCCUGGGAGAGAUCGCCUUGAAGGCCAAUGCCCCAUCCGACGUCGCCGUUGCGGAAGAAUGCCUAGAUCUCCUCGCGUCUGUCGAUGCGAGCCCACUGCUCAAGGUCCACGGCAAAACUGUGAUCUUCCUCGCACUCGACAACCAACACAACGAAGCCAUCACGCGGCUUUUGCUCGACCGAGUGCUGUAUCGGACACUGAACAGUCACGAAAACACUUACCAACAGGGAACCCUGCACUACUCCCCCACCGUGUACGUCUCUAAGGGCAUCCUCUCCGGCCCCUGCUCGGACGCACUUUUGCAGCUCCUAAAAGCCCACGGCUGCGAAGAUCGCUUUUAUGCCUCCAUGGAAGAGACGCAACCUCCCGAUGCCGUCGGCCUACCAGAGGAAAUCCGCGAGUACGAGCGGGAGCGCCGCGCCCGCGAGCGACAGAACCGCCUGAUGGAGGAAGAACACGCUAACACGAUCCGGCGGGAGCGUGAGAAAGCCAUCGCGCUCGCCCAGCUCGAAGACGACAAACACUAUCGGACCCUCCAACACCGCGAAGACGUUUCGCAGCAACAGCGCCGCCACCGCGGGCUCGACCACCACCAGGCGAUCCUGAUGGCAGCCGAGAAGCACCACAACGAUUCUCAAAUCAAACUGAGCCAAGCCGCCGUCAACUCCACCAUCCGCUGGCAGCGCCACAAUGACGACAUCGCCAUGCUCAACCAAAAGCGCGAGGCUGACCGCUUCCACCGCCACGAGACCCACCAACAGCAGCUGGCCCACCGGCGCGACAAGCUGCAGUUCGCCACCGAAGCCAAGAACGUGCGGCAUGCACAGAGCCUGGCGCACCUGCGCGACAGGCAGCGGCAGGCAUGGCAGGCAUGGCAGGCGCGCGAGGACCGGCGGGCGCAACAGCUGGCGUGGGAGAACCGGCGGAUGGUGCAGGAGUACGAGCAGCUGUGCAGGAAGGCGCAGCUGGGGCGGGAGGCGCGGCACGAGGGGCUCGCCGGGCUGCGUGAGAGCCACGAGAUGAAGAUGACGGAGCUGCGCACGCAGAGGGGGAAUAUCAUCGGCCAGGUGAAUCUGGAGGAGCUGAGGCGGUGGCAGCAGGAGAGCGAACGGAAGGCGAACUUGGCCCCGGUGCAGGGGAAGUUAUUGGCUGGAUGA